UAUAAAAAGAGUGCCUGCGUGCGUCAGAUAGUUUUUUCUCCAAUGGGUAAAGGUGACUAAGUACUUGUUGUGUGUGUGUGUCUUCUUUUUCUCAGCCGGCCCAGCGGUAUAGUCGCAUCCUUUAUCAGGAAAGGAAAAAGAGGAGGAAAGGAAGAAAAAGAGAGAUGAUGCACGACUCUGGAGGUGUCCAGAUGGCGAGGGCUCUGAAGCACUCAGCCCUGUGUCUGAUGCUCCUUCCUCGGUUCCUCCUGGCUGCAGUCAUGCUCUGGCUCUUGGAUUUCUUAUGCAUUAGGAAAAAAGUGUUUCUGAAAAUGGGUGAAAAGCAGCAGGACAGUCCGGACGACCCUCCGGUGUGCGUCUCCGACUCCAACAAGAUGUUCACCUUGGAGUCCCUCAGAGCCGUGUGGUACGGACAGAAACUGGACUUUCUCAAAUCGGCGCACCUCGGACGCGCGGCUCCAAACACCGAGGUGAUGCUGGUGCAAGAGCGACGACAGGUCCGGCUCUUGGACUGCAUGAGAGACAAACGACCGCUCAUCCUCAACUUCGGCAGCUGCUCCUGACCGCCGUUCAUGACGCGUCUGACGGCGUUCCAGCGCGUCGUGAGCCAGUACGCGGACAUUGCGGACUUCUUAGUUGUGUACAUCGAGGAGGCGCAUCCGUCGGACGGCUGGGUGAGCUCCGACGCGCCGUACCAGAUCCCCAAGCACCGCUGCCUGGAGGAUAGACUCCGAGCCGCGCAGCUGAUGCUCGCAGAGGCGCCUGGUAGCAAAGUGGUGGUGGAUAAUAUGGAGAACUCGUCCAACGCGGCGUACGGAGCCUACUUCGAGAGACUUUACAUCGUGAUGGACGAGAGAGUGGUGUACCAGGGUGGUAGAGGUCCGGAAGGAUACCGGAUCUCCGAGCUCAGGAACUGGCUGCAGCAAUACAGACAUGAGAUGGUACAUUCCCAAGCAGCGGUGCUCCAAGUGUAGUUUAUAAAAAAGAGAUGCUCUUCUGCUCCAUCAUUCUGCUUCAUAAGUGUCCAAAACUCACAAAAUAUUCAGAUGCUGCUACUAUAUAUAUCAAGAUGUUUUCACACACAUGGCACAUUAUAUUGUUUUUUUCUUCUUGUGUAAAAGAUAUUCAGGACUCUUUGACAAAAUAGCCUAUAUAAUAUGUCAUGUUCAAAGCCUAUAAAUAUUUAUAGGCUGUAUAUAUAGGCUGGUUAUAUUGUGCUUGUCUUUGAACUCAAUUGCUAAUAGAUUGUUUUUUGUUUUUUUUGUAUGGAAAAAGUCUUGAAUCAGGUGAAACUGGAUUCUAUUAGUGAUCACUCUAUUUUUCUACAAUGUGUGUGUGUGUAAGUGAGUGUGUGUGUGAGUGUAUGUGUGUGAGAGUGUGAGUGUGUGGUGCGUUCAGGCUCCAUGUCUCACUCCGGUGUUACUGUGAAGUUCGGUUUUUAAAAGGCUAAACGCCAGAAAACCGACACUGAUGUUUUUUGACACCGGGAUGUGGGUUCCAUGUUAGCGGGAUGCCUUCCUCGAUGAUCGAUUGCCAAACCGAUGUGUGUAAUAUGUUGAAACGAUGUAAAACUGAACAAAAAUGUUUUUAAUAAAUAUCAGAUCACACGUGGA